AUGAAAGUGUCGGCCAAAUAUUUCUAUUCGGACGAAGAGGUCGCUGGAGAUCGGAAACACCCGCUCCUUGCACAUCGAAUAAGAAGAGCGGGUCAAUCCAGCCAGCCAAAACGCAAGAACAAGACAGUAGCAGUUAAUACAACCGUUCAAAGCCUCUUUGGAGACUACGAAGACUUACAACGUGCGCAACCGAUGUGCAGCUCCUUUCCGCAGCUACUUCUCGCGGUACAUAGGAUUCGUUUAUACCCGCAGUUGGACCCAAUAAAACGCAGUUACAUGUACGUCGAGCUGCGAGUAUCACCAAGGAAAUCGAGUUGGAAAAAGAGCGAUGGAAUCGGGCCUUAG